UUAAAGGGAAAGGAAGAGGGAAAUAAAAAAGAAAUGGGGGCAUAGGCCAUAGCCACUAGCCAGCAUCCUCUCCUCCUCCAUUCCAGAUCUAACCAACACUCCCAAAUGUCCAAACCACCCACCGCCGGCUACGGUACCGUCGCCGGCGCCACCUCCACCGCCACCACUCCAACCACCACCACCACCACCACCACCACCACCUCCUCCGUCACUCCCCGUCCAUGGCGCGAGUUCCUGGACCUAUCGGCCCUCUCCCGCCCCUACUCCUACGACGAGGCCAUGAUUCGGCUCCGCAGAAACCUGAACUACUUCCGAUUCAACUACGCCGGCGUGACGCUUCUCAUCGUGUUCCUGAGCCUCCUCUGGCACCCUCUCUCCAUGAUCGUCUUCCUCCUCCUCUUCGUGGCCUGGUACUACUUCUACUUCUCCCGCCACGGCCCUCUCGUAAUCCUCAACCAAACCUUCGACGAUCGAACCGUCAUCUGCGUUUUGGGUUUGGUCACCGUCGUUUCGCUCGUCUCCACCCACGUCGGCCUCAACGUCUUGGUCUCCUUGAUUCUCGCCGUUUUGCUCCUUGGCCUCCACGCCGCGUUUAGGGUUACCGAAGAUUUGUUCCUUGACGAGGAAAGUGGGUUGCUUUCCGUUGUGGGUACUCAGCCUCUCAGAACUAAUUACACCCCCAUUUGAUUUUAUUCUAUUCGGUUCCGCAGCCACAAGGGUUUCUCUUUUCGCCACCAUUCAAUUUUCGAUGGUGGCUCCUUUAUUUUGAUGCCAGGAUGGGAUUCUAACUCUGCUUAGGGUGAGGCAUUGGUCUACAUUGAAAUGGAAUUGGAAUUGGAAAUAGGUGUGUUUUGUCAAUUUCUCUCUCUCAGAGAGACACGAUAAUUUUCUGAGAACAGGAUUCGUUAAAGUAGUGACUCACAAUGGGCCUAUUUUGCUUGUUCAUCGUGUUUGUUUACUUUAGACUCUAUAAGUUUGUGUCUGGUUUUGCAUAACCUCAUUUUUCUUUUGCUAAUGUGUAGUGUAGUAAAUGUAUCACACAGAUGGUUUUGCUUUUGUUAGCUGCUCUGUUGCCCGUGGUAAUUUUCAUCACUUGCUCGACCUUCAAUUCUUUACGAAAUGCUGAUUGUAUUCUGCGCUUGUAGGGUUGUAAUUGUUCAUUUCAUCAAACCUGUUACAUGGGCCCUGGCAUAUGACUUAAAUUGGUUUGCUCUGCAUUGAUUACGUAGACAUUUAUAUGUCAAUUGUUUGCAACACUUUUUAGGGGUAUUUCUGUUGAUUCUUAAGCUAAAAGAAAGGGAAAGUCUAGCUCAUCAUUGUUGAGUGUUGCUGGGAAUGGGGUAAAGCGCACAGAAAGGGUGAAAAGGAGGAUUUUGAGAAGAAAACUAUUAUAAUGAAGCAUAUUAAAAGGGUACAUGAAAGAUAGAUGGGUGAUUAUUAUAUUCGGAUUAGUAUGUGUCGAUGCAAUGAUGAUAGCACAUGUCUCCCUAGAUUUGGAAAUCAACUUUGCUCCCUCUGGUUUUUUCAUGUUUAUGUGAGGAGGGAAGCUGAAUGUAAUCAUGAAUGGUGGUGUGAGAAUAUCAUUUCUUUCUUCA